AUGAUCGGGAAUCUUGCUCCCUCCGCCUCCCAGAGAGAGAGAGAGAGAGAGAGAGAGAGAGAGAGAGAGAGAGAGAGAGAGAGAGAGAGAGAGAGAGAGAGAGAGAGCAGUCACAUGCAGAGAGGAGCUGGGACGAGAGACAGAGCAGAAGAGAGCUGUCAAGCUGCGAGGAAGCAGCGGAGAAAAGACUUAGUUUUUUCUUGGAAGACAUUUUCCCCUCCAUCUCUGAAGCCCACACACACACACACACAGAAAGAAUAUAAACUGGCAAACACACAGAUGGUGAAGUGUGUGUAAGUGCUGCUGUUACCUUCAUAUAAGGAGUGGUGAACUAUUUGAAGGAUCUGGACUUACUCAAGCCUGAAACACUUGGACUCUGAGGGUGUUUGGAUUCAGCUUCUUUGCAACUCGGACUUUCACUCAAAUUAGAUUUAAAUUUCGUCUUUCAACAGUUCAGCACUCGGACCAAGAGUGUGUGUGUGUCCUGUGUGUGUGUUGGGAUUCAGCACUUGCCCUGAAUGCAACACUGAGGUGGAGACUGACUCUGAAACUGCUCUGGCACUUGUCAGCUUGCCUGAAUUUGUCAGAUCGGACUCGCACGUGAAGGAUGUGUUGGCGGGUGACCGCGGUCCUGCUCGCCCACCUCGGGGCCGCCUUAACGGGGGCAUGGAGAGCAUCUCAGCCGAGACUACAGUUCACACACUCCGAGCUGAUCCAGAACGGCCGCCUGCUGACGCUGCCCCUAGUGGCGGGAGACCUGCACUCGCUGCUGCCCGACGAGGACGGGAGGCGUCUGUACGUGGCCAUGAAGGACAACCUGCUGUCUACGAGUCUGGACGACAUAACACAGAACCCACGCAAGCUGUUCUGGCCGGCCAGUCCGGACCGGGUCCAGGAAUGUCUCAUGGCUGGGAAAGAUCCAGAGCUGGAGUGCGCCAACUUCCUGCGAGUUCUGCAGCCGUUUAAUCAGACUCACCUGUACGUGUGUGGCACCGGGGCCUUCAACCCCCGCUGCUCUUUCAUAGCUACCGCCGUCUUCCAACGGUCCGAGCAUCAGACUCUGUCCUACAGCCAGACAGAGUGUGGGAAGGGGAAAUGUCCCUACGACCCGUUCCAGAAAACGGCCUCCACCGUCGUUGAUGGAGAGCUGUAUGCUGGGAUCACCUCAGACUUCAUGAGCAGAGACUCCGCCUUCUUCCGUAGUCUCGGCAGCCGUCACGUCAUCCGCACCGAGCAGUACGACUCCACCUGGCUGCAGGAUGCCCAGUUUGUGCGGGUAGCGCCGCUGUCUGAAACUGAUAAUCCAGAGGAUGAUAAGGUGUACGUGUUCUUCACUGAGCGCGCUCAGGAGGCAGAAGGGGCUGCUGGGAAGGUGCUCUACUCCAGGGUGGCACGUGUGUGCAAGAACGACAUCGGAGGCCAGAGGAGUUUAGUCAACAAGUGGAGCACCUUCCAGAAGGCUCGUAUGGUGUGUUCAGUCCCAGGACCCGACGGCCUGCAGACACACUUUGACCAGCUGCAGGACAUCUUCAUCCUCCAGGGGAAAGACAAGAAGAACCCUCUCAUCUACGGCCUGUUCACCACCUCCAGUGAUAUUCUCAACGGUUCAGCGGUGUGCGUUUACCGGAUGGAGGACGUCGUUCGAGCUUUCAAGGGAAACUUCCUGCAUAAGGAGGGGCCUCAGUAUAAGUGGGCGGAGUUCACAGGCAAGGUGCCCUACCCCCGACCAGGAACUUGUCCCAGCAGCACGUAUGGAAGCUACAGUUCGACCAGAGAGUAUCCUGACGACGUCAUCUUCUUCAGCAGGACUCACCCGCUGCUGCAGGAAAAUGUGCUGCCACUGGGAGAGCGCCCCCUCCUGGUCAGAGUGGGCGCUCACUACAAGUUCAGUAAGCUGCUGGUGGACAGAGUGGAGGCCGUGGACGGCACCUACGACGUCCUGUUCAUCGGCACAGACUCUGGUCUGGUGCUGAAGGCCAUCCAUCUGCCCCGAGAACACGGCCAGAGUCAGGAGGUCACUCUGGAGCAGCUGCAGGUCUUCCAGCACAAAUCACCUGUGACAGCCAUGACACUCUCAAAGAAGAAGCAGUGGUUGUUUGUGGGCUCCAGGGAGGGCGUGUCCCAGCUGGCCCUGUACCAGUGUGAGCUGUACGGUCAGGCCUGCGCCGAGUGCUGCCUGGCCAGAGACCCCUACUGCACCUGGGACGGACACGCCUGCAGCCCCUACAUGCCCACUGUGCGCAGGAGGAACGCUCGCCACUUGGGAGAGGACGAGGAUCCGUUAACUCAGUGUGUCAGACAGGGAGCUGCGCUGCAGGUGGAGGCGGAGCAGAGGGUGAUGAUGGUCGCCGAGGGCAACAGCACCUACCUGGAGUGUCUGCCUCGGUCCAGACACGCUGCUGUCACCUGGUACAAACAGGCUGGAGAGAACAGUCCUGAACUGAACCAGGUGGUAACAGGUGACCAGCUUGUUGUUAUUGAGCGGGGCGUCCUGAUUCGUCGAGCCGAGCUGUCUCACGGCGGCGUCUACCACUGCCAGGUGGAGGAGCACGGGUAUCACUGGACCGCCGUCACCGUCCGCCUCGCCGUCUGGAGCCCCUCGGCCAAUCGGCUCCUCGCUUCCUUGUCGACCUCGGCCUAUCAGAGCGCAGGAACCCAGCCCUGGUACGAGGACGUGAUGGCGCUAAUUCACCCGGGAAACCUCGGCCAGCACUGCAAGGCCCUGGGGUACCGCCCCCCGCGCAACCACCGUCGCCACGGUGACAUGAUUGUGACGCCAAACAAGGAGAAAGAGAGAGGGGAGAGGCACAAGCACGGGGGAGGAAGAGGAGGAGGAGGAGGAGGAGGAGGAGGAGGUGGAGGAGGAGGAAGAGCAGCAGGGAGGAAGAGCAGGAGCAAGCCCCAGCAGAGGGCGCCAAGGAGCGCUUGAAUGUGUCGGAGCAGGGGGCGGAGUUUCAGUGACUUCAACACACACACACACACACACACACAUUUAUGUUAACGUCCACACUCACACACACACACACACACACACACUUAACUUAUACACUGAGACACACACAUACUGUAUGUACAGAGACUACAACAACAUGCGCAUGCACUUAUCUACCAAGAAAAAAGGCGUCCUGUCACCAUAGCAACAAACUGAAACUAAGCUACAACUGAAGUGUGUUCGGGAGCAACAGCUGCUUCACCUGGACAAAGACUGUGUGAAUACAAUAGAAGAGUAGAGUUCAUGAGGUUGUGAAGCAUGCUGACUGAAGGACUCGCAGCAUGUCUGACCCACUGUGUCGUGAGACAUUUAAAGGGAUGUUUUCAAUCUGGAUUCUCGGCAGAAAAAACAAAUAGAAAUGUCUCGUUCCAAAAGUUGAGCGUAAAAAAAAAAAAAAAAAUCAUCCAACUCUUCUGAAAUGAUUUCUGUCUCAAAGGACAAACGUUGGUUUUUUGCAUGUUUUUGCCCGUUAAUUACAAAUCACACGCUGACAGUUAUUCUCCAGAGCAGAGCAGAUGUUUUUAGAUUGAUUUCUUACCUUCCAGGCACAAACUGGUUUCCAUUAAUGUCCGUAUGUUUUUCGACACUUGAGAAAAUUCUUGAGAUGUUGUUGCCCUUUUUCUUUUUCUUUUUUUUUCAAAGUCGUGUUAUUGAAGUUACAAGAACUGCCCUUGGUGUUGCCUUCAGGUUUCAAGGAGACUCCAUCCUUGGAGGGAGAACUGAGGCUCAACUGUUCAAAAGCAUUUUAUUGAUAACACAUGGUUUAGCAGAGGAAACAACAAGAUGAGUGGGGCUCCGUCCACACGACUACGUUUUCAUUUUAGAAAUCAUCUCUUUUGCUAGGUUUUCAGAAUAAAACAAAACCCCAGAGUUUUCAAAAUAAAAUACAACCCCAGAGUUUUCAAAAUAAAAAACACAACUCCAGAGUUUUUAAACUAAAACACAAUCCCAGAGUUUUCAAAAUAAAAAACACAACUCCAGAGCUUUCAAAAUAAAACACAACCCCAGAGUUUUCAGAAUAAAACACAACCCCAGAGCUUUCAAAAUAAAACACAACCCCAGAGUUUUCGAGCCCCAAAAACAACUCUGGAGUUGUGUUUUACUCUGAAAACUCUGGAGUUGUGUUUUAUUGUGAAAACUCUGGGAUGGACAGAAACUAAGACCUCUGUAAACGAUGAGGUCACACCCACAGCCUCUCCUGAUUGGCUGUCAUCAGCCUGGACUACCAGUGGUGAAAACAACAUGAUAAUGAAUGACAGUGUUACUGACCUUGUUGUCUUUGCAGCUGUUGUUCACUUACAUUCUCUGUUUUAAUGCUACAACUGUCUCUGCUGUUCCUCCUUCAGAGGCUUUACUGCAGAGGAGACAAUCUACUUCCUGUUUACACCAGCUCACACAUGCUCAGUGCAGGUGAUGGUCAUGUGAUGUGUGUUUUCAGGUGUGAUAGUCUGGACGGAGAUUGGUUUAAAAUGAAAACGUGUUUCUGUGGACGCAGCCUGAGAAGCACACGUGUAUGUGCUGAACAGGGAUUGGUUGUUGUACGUCAGCUGACUGUCAAUGUGUUUGUAAUGAUACAACACAUAAACAAACAAAAAAAAUUAUUGAUCUAAAAACUUAAGUAUGUUUUGGAGGAUUACUCAGUGAUUGAUAAUUAAAGGGCUACAACCUUCAAAAUGAACUUUAUAGUUAUCAAGGUAAUUAUCUAACACUGCAGCAGAUUUAAGAAAGUAAUUAUUUAGGUUGUGAAGAGCAGUUGUGUUGGUCUCUUCAGAGGGGGCGGGGCUUGACCGCGACCACACAGAUGAAAAGGCAGAGAAAAGCACGGCGGCGGCUUUGAUGAGGUUACAGAGCUGCUCUCCCAGGUCGUUAGUGUUCUGAGCUGCAGGAGACGUUGAUGUGAGCUUCACUGACUUCACGAGCGUGGGAAAAACAAAAUGAACAAAAUGAAGGUGGAUCUGGUUCUUCUUCUGGUGUCAGAGAAAAUGCUCAGUCCUGUUCUGAGCGUUGGUUUGGAGUCAGAUCAGAUUUAAGACAGAAGAAGAAGAAGUCGUGGUGUUGCUGCUAUUAAAUGAGGCACAGUCAAGCCUUUAUUAUAACUCAGAAAGAAUUAAAUUUCCUCCUGACACUCAUGAUUUAACUGGUGAUCAGGGUCACGACCAGACGUCUCUUUAAUUCCUGGAGUUUAAAAUCUGAUUUCUAACAAGUAUUUUGUGGCUCUGAAUCUGUCGGACUGAAAAACAAGUUUGACUGUAACUACGACUCGUUUCACACGGGACCGAACUACAAACUGAACUGCCAAGAGACUGUGUACAGAACAUGCAUGCUUCUCAAACUACGGCUCAGGCCCCAGACCGGGCCGUUGGUGACUGAGUGGAAUAAGAUGAAGCUGGUCGUGCGGCUCCAGCUGCUGAAGACACAGCUGUAAGUCACGGAGCGGCGCUGUGUCAUAAAGAGGGAAGAAGUCUUUCUGACACAGCUGGAGCUUCGACCGGCGUCACGUGGAUCUGAGCGACUUCAGCAGCUUUUGUAAAACAGUACAUUGUGAUUAAAGCAGUAAAUUGUUGUUAAUGUUAAAAUGUUUAAAACAACACAACGUGUUCCACCUCUAUUUAACUUCCUGCUUCGUCGUAUUUAUUUGUUCAAUCUGGAGUGAAAAUGUUUCUCUGGGACGUUGUGAGGUCAGAUCUUUGGGAAACGCUUCAUCAGGUCACGAACCAGACACUUAUUUAACAUGUACAUGUGUUUGUUCCAUGUCUGUGUGUGCAGGUACUGUAUGUUUGUAAGUCUGCACACGUCUCCAGAGGAUCUUCCUCUUCCUCAUCCUCAUCCUCAUCCUACAGGUUCAGGAACAAACUGAUGAAGCUGCAGGAACUAGGAGUGUUUUUAAAAUCUGAUGUUUGUUUUUCUGUUUCUCUGAGAGUUCUUCCUGUUUCUAAGAACAAUGAAACAAACCAGUGAGAGUGAAGCUGAUGAUGAUGAUGAUGAUGAUGGGAUGAAAAUAUUAUUACAGUGAUGAGAAGGAGACGAACAGACAAACUAACUAAAUUAAAACUUAAACUUUGUUUUAUAUGUUUUACUGGAAGAAGAUUCAUUUACAUCUCUGGUUAAAUCCGAGAACAGCGGCUUCUCACAUUUUCAUUUAUUUAAUCUCAUCCCACAACGAAGAUGCUGAGUAAAUAUAUCCCAUGAUGUGUGUGUGUGUGUGUGUGUGUGUGUGUGUGUGUGUGUGUGUGUGUGUGUGUGUGUGUGUGUGUGUGUGUGUGUGUGUGUGUGUGUGUGUGUGUGGGGUUCUGAGGUCAGUAAAUCUGAAUUCAGCGAUGGAUCAGAGUCACUUUUGAUGCCAUAAGAAAAGUAAAGCAGAGAGGCUGCAGAGCAUUAACAUGGGCACGGCUUCUUGGCUUCUUGGCUUCUUGGCUUCUCUGCUCCGACCACAUCAAAGACCGAACCAGCGCUGAGCUACUUCUGAAUGUGAGUGUUUGAGUGAAGAGAAAGUUUAUGAGGGAGUAUGUGACUCUGAAUGUUGAAAGUCUGAGAAAUUAAAGGGUGUGUGUGUGUGUGUGUGUGUGUGUGUGUGUGUGUGUGUGUGUGUGUGUGAAACUGGCAGUAAAAACCCAAAUGAAAUCAAUCAAGAUUUGGCGAGUUCUCCUGCUACAUUUAAGACAAGAACAAGUAAACAUCAGACAACAGGUGUGUUUCAGAUCAAACCUGUGAGUCACUGUUUGAGCAUGAAGAUUUAAAACUGAAGCUCGUUCCUCUGAAAUCCUCUGAACAUCUCGUCAUUUCAACCAAAGGAAAACGUCUUUAAAUCUCCUGGGGCCGCUGAAUGUUAACAACACAAUCAAUCUUGUUCAUUAAAACGUUGAGCGCCACUAUAAAGAGUCAAAGUUGAGCCCAGCGGUUCCCGACCUUCUCCAACUCAUGACCCACCUGAAAAUCUCUGACAUGUUGGCGACCGACGUCCGACCCCGUAACAACACAGAGGCCAGAUGACACACUCUCUGAGCGCUUUGUUUUAAUAACAAGCCGACAUUACAGCCUUACUACAAGAAGGAAAAACAAAGGCGUUUUCCAACAAUAGUAAUGUUUUUAAAGAUAGGUUCAUUUUAAAAUAUUCAUAUUUUUCUUAUUGCAUCUUUUCACCAAAACUGCAGCACCUCCUCUUUUAGCUUCACACACAGCGUCCUGUCCGACAAACUGAAACAGGAUUUCUGUCCAUAUGUUCAGAUGAAUUAUUAAAGUGUCAGUAGAAAUCUAACUUAAAGGAAUGUUUCAGCAUUUUGAGGAAUACAUUUAUUCUUUUUAUUUUUCUAGAUCAGUAAGUUGAUAACACUCUCAGAUAGCUAAAUGAAACAUCUGGCCCAACAUCUGUCUGGGCCCCCGGCCUGAGUCUGGCCCAUGUAUGUCCACACCUGGGCUGAUUCCAGCUGUUAUGGUCCAGUGCUGCCUAACAGUCAGGAAGAUUUUCUAUGGGCCGGACUCGGGCCGAGGAACCGGGCGAAUUUUGAUAUGUAGCCAGUUAGCUUAGCCGAGUACAAAGAUAUGAAAUAGGGACAAUGCAGCUGUUGAACUAUUCCUUUAAAAUGGGCACAGAUAAAGAAGACUUCAUAACAUUACAGAUGCUAGCGGUAGCGGCUCGCUAGGAGAGGUGGUGCAACUUUGGCAUUCUAAGUUUGUCCUAAAACCAGUGGUGUGAUGUUGUUCAGGAGCUUUCAGGCGACACUGUGUUGGUAAAUAUAAAAUGUGCAAAUUUCUGCAGAAUUCAGUCUCAGGAAAACAAGACGCCAACGUUGAUUUCACUUGGAGAACGCUGCCAGUUUAAAAGUUCGAUUUCAUCUCUCCUCUGACAGAAGUCUGCGUCAGAUCCAACUAUUAAACAAAACCUAAAAAUAGCGAAAGGACUGGAUAUUGUGUGAAUAUGAGUGUGUAUAUUUGUGUGGAGGAGUAGGAGUAAUAAAGACAUUUUUACGGUGGACCGUUUUAAACAUGAAGUGUUUCCCUCAGAGACGCCGUGCAGAGCUUCCUGUCUUUCUCUCUGUUGUGCUGUAUUUACAUCUCAGUGCCAAUAAUUCGUCUCCUGUGAUUUUCCAGAACGACUUUGCAGACGUAAUGAAACUGUCAUCAAACGAUCUUUAAUGUUCGGAGACUUUGUUUUUUCUUUUUGUAAAUAUGUAUAAAGGUCUGCUUUCAAAAUAUUA